AAAGACACAAUAAUGCGGGAUGUGUCUAGAAUUUUUUUUUACUGAAAAUCACACUACGUAAACAGGAAGUUGGAAAACACGGAAGUUCCGCCCUACAAGUUACAACAACGCUCGUAUUGAACAAGAACCCUCAACCCUUCUUUCCAUGGGCGAAUUAUGAAGACAAGACGUCCGCCACAAAAACUGAAAGAGAGUGCUAAGCUGUCCUUUUUCUUCUGAAAACGCACACAAACGACAUGGCGACGGGGUGUCAGUUCUUUGUCUGCCUGGCUUUGGCCGCCGUCGUCGGCGCCGUGCUAGGGCUCGGCGAGGAUAUGGACCGGCCAAUGUUCGGCCCUCCAGGUUCAGCCAUCCGACUAAAGGAGACCGACCCCGGCUUGAAGAAGGCUCUGCAGUUCGCUCAGGAGCGCUACAAUUUGGGCUCCAACGCGAUGCACCUUCGCAGAGUCAGCAAAGUCAUCUCCGCCACUAAACAGCUGGUCAAGGGUAUCCGCUACACUAUAACAGUGGAGAUGAGUAAUACUCAGUGUAAGAAAUCUGCCAUGCUUCGGACUUGUGACUUCUAUCCCGAGUCACAACAACUUAAGACUGAGAUUUGUUUGUUUGAAAUCUGGGACAUACCCUGGCAGGCAACUUCUACUUUAAUCAAGCAGAAGUGCCAACCACAGUCUGUAUCAGAAGAAACAACUACAGUUGACAACGCUUCCCCUGACCAGCUUGUGGAGGAGUCUGUAGAGCUUCUGGGCCUUUUCAAAGACUUCAUGGUUAAAUACAAUAAGGUUUAUAGCACCCAAGAGGAGACCGACCGCCGCCUCCAGAUCUUUCAUGAGAAUGUUCAGAUUGCCGCAAGAAUCCAGUCUUUGGAUCAAGGAUCUGCAGAGUACGGCAUCACCAAGUUCAGUGACCUUACUGAGGAGGAGUUUCGCUCCACGUACCUGAACCCACUGCUGAGCCAGUGGACUCUUCAGCGACCAAUGAAAUUAGCCACCUCUGCCCGAAACCCCGCCCCUGAUAGCUGGGAUUGGAGGGAACAUGGCGCUGUUAACCCUGUUAAGAACCAGGGUAUGUGUGGAUCUUGCUGGGCGUUUUCUGUCAUAGGUAACAUUGAAGGGCAGUGGUUCCUGAAAAACGGAACUUUGGAGUCAUUAUCGGAACAAGAGCUAGUUGACUGUGAUGGACUGGACCAAGCGUGCAGAGGCGGUUUGCCGUCAAAUGCUUACGAAGCGAUUGAGAAUCUUGGCGGUUUGGAGCUGGAGAGCGACUACUCCUACUCUGGCCGUAAACAGAAGUGCGACUUCACUAGCGGGAAGGUGGCCGCUUACAUCAAUAGCUCUGUGGAGUUGUCCAAAGAUGAAAAUGAAAUUGCAGCCUGGUUGGCUGAAAAUGGCCCCGUCUCCGUCGCUCUUAAUGCUUUUGCCAUGCAGUUUUAUAGGAAGGGUGUGUCCCACCCCUUUAAAAUCUUCUGCAACCCCUGGAUGAUAGAUCACGCAGUGCUUCUGGUGGGAUAUGGAGACCGUAAGGGAGUUCCAUUUUGGGCCAUUAAAAACAGUUGGGGGGAGGAUUAUGGAGAACAGGGUUACUACUACCUGUACAGAGGCUCCAAUGCAUGUGGAAUCAACAGGAUGGCUUCGUCUGCUGUUGUCAACUAAAUACAUUAAACUGCACUUUCUUGCUCUCCUGCACGCAGACAUAAAAUGUCAUACUGUGAUGGCACACCUUCAUUCCCACACUCGCGUCUUCCUCAUGUUGCACUUAAACCAUACUAGUGUUCCUCCAAAUACAUACCAGAGCUACUGUUACUAACAAAAUCAGAUGUUAAAAAUUCAAAAUCGUGUAGGCCUACAGUAGAUUUUAAGGGUUUUAAUUUCUUAUCAAACAUUAGGUUUUAACUCAUUCUGUUUGACAGGAACUGAGUUUGUAAGAGACGCUAGAAUUAGAAUCUAGUCAGACUAUUGUGCUGUGAAUUUUACCGCUUUGUUAUUAUUGGCUGAGAAUUGUAACUUUCAUUUGGUUGGAUUACUUUAUUUGUUGGUUCUUUUGUAACGUCUUGGAAACUGAUAUGAGAUGAAUUAAAGUGGAAUUAAAACAAAUGGA